AGAAAUCCAAAGUUGGGGAAAAUAUCUGGCAGUCAUUGUCCAUUUGUUCUAGUUGCAAACUUGCGUGUCCACCGCUAUAAUGAUUCCCAAUACAAGUAUAUCACUGCUGCUUUAAGCCUUUAACUAGCUUUUUUCGUUCUAGUAAACAUCGGAGUUCGCCGAUUUGCACUUGCUUCUCCGACUUUGGACGCUCCUAAACGGUAGUGAUAAAGCUUCAGAGUUAGUAGUCGAGAGGAUGGCGCCGCCAGUUGCUGGAGGUGGAGGCGACGGUGGAGGAGGCGGCGGAGGAGGAGGAGGAGGAAGGCAGCAGCAACAGCAGCAGCCGGGGAUGGGGCAGAUGUUGACGGGGGUAAUUAGAAUGGCUAUUUUCUGGUACUUCGCAUCAAAGUUCUUCUCCCCCAAACGCGCCCCUUCCGAUCCUUCUGUCCAGAUCUCCAAUCUCUUCCACAAAGGCGAACCAUUGGACAUGUGGUUGUAUCUCUCUGAGCAAGAGAAGUUCAAUGACUUUGGGAGUGAAACUGCGCUCUUUUGGCAUGAGACAAAUAUACCUUAUGCUGUUUGGGGACAUGAAAGCUCAAGGUCACUUUCUUUGAAGUACUUUCCAUCUGAGGCUUUGAAGCACAAUGGCAGUCUUUAUGCUCAUGUUUUCUUUGCUCGCUCUGGAUAUUCUCCAGAUCCCAGUGAUCCAGAGUACCAGCCGUUGGCAGCAUUUGGAAGAACACAUCCUGUUGUUACAUAUUUGCCCAAGUCAAAAGCAGAUAAGAAGAAGAGUCUGUUAGGAAACGCUGAAGACUCUAAAGAUGAAUCAGAUGUGCCCAAGGUAGUGGAAGAAGAUAUGGCUGAUUCUAAAGAGGAUGUCCCAGUUGAAUGGGUUUCUUAUUGGAAGCCAAAUGUUACAAUCAGUUUGGUCGAUGAUUUCACAAGAUACACUCAAAAUGCAGUCCCACCAAAUAUUGCUCCUUACUUGAAUAUUGAGCCUACUACAGGAAACUACUUCCCAACUGUGUUCUUCAAUGAGUUUUGGUUACUUAAAGAUAAGUUAAUACCAAUCAAUGACACAGUAACAGAGUUGCCACUGCAUCUUGAGGUUAGCCCCAUAAGCAUGACAAAGUGGCAGCUCUUCCUGCAGAUAGAUCAGUCUUUUCAGAUCCAUCGUAGUUAUGGAAGCAUGCUUGAAGGCGAGUCUGAUGAACUGAAGAGGGUCUUUUUGGAAGGAAACCCAUACCUUCUUGCGAUUACCAUGGUUGUAUCACUACUACAUUCUGUGUUUGACUUCUUGGCAUUUAAGAAUGAUAUUCAAUUUUGGAACAAAAACAAGUCCAUGGAAGGGUUAUCUGCAAAAUCAGUUAUUGUGAACUUUAUUUGCCAGCUCAUUGUCUUCCUGUAUUUACUUGACAAUGAAACUUCAUGGAUGAUACUUGCAAGUUCUGGUAUCGGUUGUUGCAUUGAGUUCUGGAAAAUAGGAAAGGCCAUGCACAUAGAGAUUGACAGAUCUGGUAAGAUACCUAUGUUGAGAUUCCGUGAUCGGGAAUCGUAUGCUGGGAACAAGACAAAAGAAUAUGAUGAUCUUGCCAUGAAGUAUCUAUCCUAUCUCCUCUUCUUCUUGGUUGUAUGCUUUUCUAUAUACUCUCUAAUGUAUGAUCGCCACAAGAGUUGGUAUUCUUGGAUUCUCUCUUCCCUCACAAGCUGUGUUUAUAUGUUUGGUUUCAUCAUGAUGUGUCCUCAGUUAUUCAUUAACUAUAAGUUGAAGUCUGUUGCCCAUCUACCUUGGAGGCAGAUGACAUACAAGUUUCUAAACACAAUUAUUGAUGAUCUCUUCGCAUUUGUCAUAAAGAUGCCUACAUUGCAUCGUCUCUCUGUCUUUCGAGAUGAUUUAAUAUUUCUCAUAUAUCUGUAUCAAAGGUGGAUUUAUCCAGUGGACAGGAAGCGUGUUAAUGAAUUUGGAUUUGGUGGAGAGGAUGUCGAUCAAGCCUCCAGUAGCACAGACGCUACAAUACAGGCCUCCAGUAGCACAGACGCUACAAUACAGAACGAAGACGAGAAGAAAACUAACUGAUCCAAUUUUUCUCGAGUAGAAAUGAUAGUUGUGCGCAUCUAAACAUACGACAACUAUGUUUUGUUUUAGCUUACUUUGGAAAAGCAGAUAGUGCAUGUUUACCUGAUUUUACAAGCAACUUGAGGUUGAUCCAUUUAUGGCAUCAAGUGUUUUUUUCUUUCAAUAGAGAGAUUGUUUUGUACCAUAUUCAUUCCAGAUUUCCAGGUAAAAAGAAAGGAAGCAGAUCUAA